CAGUCGGAUCUGAUUGGUCGAUCCGUUCUGGGUGGCGCAGUAAGAUAGAGGGGCCAGUCAGCGCAGCUAGACUACAGACUGAGCGCCCUGCACAGCUCACUGAUGCCAUGGAUGCCUGUGCUCGUAUCAGAGGAGUCCCCAUACGGACUAGGGCUCCAGUGCGGAAAGAGACUAUACAUGACGGCGGUGCACACUGUUUGAAAAGCCUGUUCAGAAGUAAAAAAGAGCUCUGCAGCAUCGGCCUGGAGUCACAAAACAGAGAUACCGUGAAGCUGACAGAGAUUAAUUUUGUGUACCUGCCAGCUCAAUGUGAAGGAGAAGACGUCACCCAGCAGGCUCUAUCAUAUUUGCCUGGAGGUCUGUCUGAGCUCCUGAGGCCACUUCAAGUUCAUGGCCUCAAGAACGACGAGGUCCUCCUGCCAAAUUCACGUCGGCUGAUGGAGCUGAAAGAGGCUUGCCCUCAGUGUUGGCUGAAAGCAGUAUGUGUGCUGAGACACAAUCCCAGUGCCAGUGUCUGUUCUCAGGCCAGUGUAGCGUCUUUUCUGGGCCUCCUCGGGUGCUACAUGGCUGGCAUCCGUUACGCUUUGGAGCUUCAGGCUCUUCACAUGGGCUCGGCUGACGCGAAUCAGCCAGAGGAGGACGACACCAACCAAUCAGUUUCUUCAAUUGAGGAUGACUUUGUCACAGCGCUAGAGCACCUGGAAGAGGACGACACCGGAGACACUCUCUCUGCAGCUCCCUAUAGCAAUUUGAAGAAGCGAGAUGUGGCCUCACAGACGAUUCCUGCCCACAGGAGAAAAAAAGAAUUAUCAGGAUCCGCUGUGAUCAUAAGCUCAUUUUCCAAGAAGUGUUCAGCCAAACAUCGGUCAACGGUUCCAGCUCUUCCUUCACCUCAAGGUCACGUUAGUGAAUCCGAAGAGUCGGACUGCUCCAGCCCCAGUCCGAUUAUCUUUUUGGAUGAGGUAGGCUACCAGAAAAGCCUGUUGGCCAAGCUGGACAUUCCCCAGGUGCCAGGAGGACCCAACGAAAGAGUCGAGGACUCUGACUCUGAAGUUAGCGAGUUCUUUGACAGUUUUGACCAGUUUGAUGACCUGGAAGACAUGAGCUCGGAGAGCUCCACUCUGGCACUACCCUUGGAAAAUGUAUGUGCCCCACAGUCAGAGAAGAAGAACUCAGAGUCCAGCUCAAUCAUGACAGGAUCUAAAUUUGUUUCAAGGGGCUGUUCAACUAAGGGCAUGAAUCCUCACUGUUUUGACCAGCCAACGCUUCCCGCCAAUGUGAAAAAGCCUACACCUCUAAAACCAGGUUCUCCCUACUCACUUAACUCUGAGCUGCCAGAAUCCCCUAGACCAGUACAGACACCUUCUGAAGAAAAUGGUGGUCCACUUUUUAGUCCCGUUAGCUCCUCAGCUUUCAGCCCUUUAGUGGAUUCUAAUGGACCGCUCGAAUACUUCUGGAAGCCAGAUGAGGAUGGACAGGGCACCUCGGAGCUUCGUAAGCCCCAAGACCUCUGCUCUUUGUAUAAGACCUAUUCCGAUUUUGCCAGCAAUCUGUCCAAAGAAAUCCUUGGAUCUGUUUGUGGCUAUCAGUCUGCUAGAGAUAUCAAUGACAACAAGAAUCUCAGCUGCGUCUGCCACAAAGAGUUCAAAAACCCUUCGGGUUAUCUGAUGAAGCUUUCAGAAAUACAGGAGACCGUGACGGUGGAUGAGCUACAGAAGAAGUCCCAGUCUCUGAAGGAUGGCAUUCAAAAGUUUGCCACCGAUCUGGUAGAAAUGAGUCUGGGCAGUGCUUUGAGGGACCUCCAAAAAGGUGUAUCUUCCUGCACCACCACUUUAUGUCACUUAGCUGCUAGACUUACAUCGUCUGUGUUUCAGAUGGCAUUUCAUGAGAUUGGGAGACGCCAUGCCUACGUCUUGAAGAAACAAGCGAUUAAUGGAUUAGCAGGUUUUCUCGUCGGGGAGGCCGUGUCUGGAGCCCUGAAAGAGUUUCUGACGGUAAAAAAGCAGAUUUUUCACAACACGGUAACACGCUUUGCUGCUGACUUGGCUGAGGAGCUUGUAUUCGAAGGCAUAAUGGAGGUGUGUCAGUUUUCCCACCCUUCCACCCCAUUAACUCCAAGUGACUGGUCCUUUGGCCAACAUCUCGAAGAGGAGGAGGAAGAAGAAGAGGAGGAGGAGGUGGUUUCUUCUUAUGCUUCAGAUUUGUCUGAAUCUGUCAUCCAGGAAGCUUUCAUAGAACUUUCUCAGGCUGACGUGGCAUUCACCAGCCAGGCAGCUAUCAGUGUGUCUCUGGAGAACAUCUGUUAUGUCAGUGCAGAGAGUACAGGAACUGACACCUGCAGUACCUUUACUAACCAGCAGGUUUUAAGUUCCAGCUCUGCUUCAGCAAAUCUAGGAGCUUCUGGAGAGGAUUCAUCUUGCACAGUAAAAAAAGCUCUCAUCACCGUCUCAGGCAUGGCUAGCUGUGUCCCGGCACCUGAAGUCAGCCAUGCGCUGUCCCAUUUCCAGGACUCUGAGGAAACUUGUCAGACUAGUUCGUUGGACACUCCAUGUACAAGACCCCACAGAGAUGCCUCUGACUCUUUGACUGAAAGCACCACUUCCACCCAAGGUCACGAAACCCAGAAAUCUACAACCGGAGAAAAAGAAAAUUCUACCAUUCAAAAUCUCUCUAACAAUAUGGUGGGUAUAAUAGUUACUGAGGCGUGUGAGCUUAUAACUGCUUCCAAGAUGAAGAAGAGUUUUGGUGAAUGUGCCGAUUUUUUCACGAAGACAAUUGGAAGCAAAAACGGUUCUGCAGUAAAACAGCAGACGACUUUCUCUGGAACUCCGGAAUCUCCUUCCAAGCAGGGUGACGGCGGGACCUGUGUUGAGUUAGAUCCAGAAAAAACCACAGUAGUUGUAAAAGCUCAAAAUAUGACCAGGCACACACUGGACGUGCCAGCCCCUGACUUGUGUGUACAAAGAAAAAUGUCUGCGUCCAUGCGUGACUCAAGUCCAAGCUCUGACCAGCAGUCUAGUGAAUCACCUUGUACUCCUCCGUCUACACCGCAGCACCCCCCCUGUGAGGUGUCAAAUGAGAGACAGAUAAAGCAGUUUUCCAAAAAGCUUAAGAGUAAACUUUCCAAGGAAUUCUCUCCUGCUCCGCCACCCCCAACACCUCACUAUCUACCAGAGCCUGACCCAGGGCAAACGGACCACGCCGCUGAAAAAGAUGAGGCUGAGUUCUUGCUUCAACUGAUGAGUUCUCUGUCCGAAGAGGACAAUGGGAAUGAAGAGGAAGAACCGGCAGAAGGGGAGGGUGAUGUUCCGAGAUGUUCAGAGACAGGGAGCACCGACUGGCAGGACACAAACAAGAUAUCCGCUCAGAGGUUGUCCAAAAAAGAAGCACUCGCCUAUGCCGAGCGACUGGCCUGUCACAUUGUCUCAAUGGCAACUGAAAUGGACACCUUGGACAAGUCCGAGGUAGACAAGAGUGCCACGAGUAGGGGCAGUGGGAAGAUGGAAGACAGUGUGGCUCAGUUUUCAGAACAGACUCUUAACUCCUUGUGGGUAUAUGCUGGGGAGGUGGCAGGAGAGGUGAUCAAUGAUGUGAAAAGAAUUAUGAUCAGCGGGCAGCGGUGUCCUCAUCACAGAGCACCACAAAGGAGAAGCUCGGAAUGCUUGGGUCACCGCCAGACCAAGGAUUCCAGGGUAGAUAGGCUGACCGAGCAGUGGUCCAGUGACCUGAUAGCCUCCGUGUUUCGGUCUCCCCCCUCCAGCUCAAGCACUUUAUCCAACUCUAGCUCUGGCAUGUCUUCAGAGUUCCCCAGCUGUGAGAGCGUGACGGACGAAUAUGCAAGCUACCUCAUCCGGGUACUGAAGAAGGAAGGGGGCAACAGAGAGUUGGUCCUAGACCAGUAUGCAAGCCGUUUGGCUUACCGUUCCAUAAAACUAGGGCUUGCUCACGCUAAUCGCAAGAUUAAGCUAAGAUCACUAGCAACCCACCCUUACUCUUCCAAGUCCCUGCCAAAUGAAUGGAAAAUGACUAGUGCUGAGACGUCACCAACCGUAGAUACGGCAAAGUCCCCAGUUUGCCCCUCUGGCAAGGAAUCUUGUUGUUGUAGCAACUCCGACCAGGAGAAUCAGAGGGAUUAUGCAGCGCUUGUCAACUUUGCCGAGUCUUUAGCUCACAACAUCACCCGUGAUGUCACACAAAGGGUGCACCUUCCCUCAGCAAGACUGCCCAAGUCUCUCACCGACUCCUGUCUUUACAAGAAAUCUAAACACGAAGAUGUGGCCGGAAAUGCGAUCAAAAACUCUUUCUCCUGCACGCUUUUAUCCAAGGAUGUUAAGAGCAGGCAUUACCACAGCACAGGAAGCCUGUACGAUGACGGCGACAACACCGGGGUGAUGCACGUCGUCGAGCACUACGCUCGGAAAAUAGUAGAUGACACGCUGAAAAUGGGGCUGGUUUUAGUCGGUCAGUCGCCGUGGGAACGUCAAAGAACAUACAGUCACGACAGACACUCGCACACCCAGAGGUUGUCCGAGGGCACAGAUGCAGGUCGAACUCUGGAUGACAGGACAUGCCGCUAUUGCCCGGCUCAGGAGUGUUACUACUGCAGCAAACAUGGAAAAUACUACACGCACAUGUCACAGAAGAGCAGAAAUGCGGCAAAAUGUCUGUCACUAACUGAGAGAUUCCACAGUCUGGACAUUCCUACUAUCCACAUCGACCUGGACCACCGGGUGGCAUUUGCGGAAGAGAUGGUUUCAAACGCAAUGGAGACGGCAAAACGCGAGCUAAGCAACACCAGCCUUAACGCAGACAGCGGCAUUGGACAUGAUGGAACCAGCUAUGCCGAGAGCCUCACUGCAGAGGUGAUGACAUCGGCGUUGUCGAACAUCUGUCAGGCUGCCAAUGCUAGCGCUCCUGGGAGGGAAACCACUGAGUCUACUGUGUGCCAGCAGCUAAGUGUAGGUGAGGACAGUCUGGGUAGCUGGUCCAACCUGAGCUUUGAGGACGACAACAGUAGCUUCCUUCAUCUGAGCGACAGCAGCAAUGGGAACAGCAGUAGUUGGAGCAGUUUGGGCCUGGAAGGGGAGGCAGGGGAGGAGCGGAUGUCUUUCUCCCCCUCAGACAGUGACAACACGGAGGAAAAGGACACUGAAGUCAAAGAAGAGUCCAGUGGGACUGUGUGUGUAGAAAGGCCAAAGGUUCACACUCCCAGAACUGCUUUGCUGGUGCUGAACUCCGACGUUAGGGAUCUGAGACGCAGCUGUGGUGCCGUUCAGCAAGCGGCCACUGACCAUCAGUUCAGGAUGAUGCUGCAGUGGUUGGCAGCGUCUGUGUCAGAUGUUCCUCGUGUCCAGCUGAGUCCCGACCGAGAUCUCCAGCAGCUUCCUGCGAUUGUUCAAAGGCUCCAGGAGCGUAGGUGGAGGGUGGGAGAGCUGCUGCACACCCUGCUGAGAUACUGUGAGGAGAACCAGAGCUCCAGCCAGUCACAGGUCAGAGAGGAGUCACCACUGGGAGGCAGGGAACCACAGCGUACCCCCCUCUUCCAGUGGCUCCUGGACCACAUCUGAGUUCCUGUACAAGAAGUUUUUCCAAUCAGCUGAUAACCCAACGCACCCAUGUGAACGUUGGAAGUGAAAUCUUUUUUUUUUUUUAAAGCGCAUAUCGGAAAAACAAGUAUUAGCCCGCCACACACACACACACACAUACACACACCCUGGUUUUGUUUGUUUUAUCAGUAUCAAACCUCUGUUUAGUUUCCCAGUUUGAGUGAAGGGAAAAAAGAGAGAGAAGAAAAAAAAAAAAAGGUGGAGAAAGACCUAACCUUCGAGCUCCAGGCAAAUGAGAAACAGA